AUCUCCCGCGCUUGUUUCCGUCUGUUUAAUCAUUUUUUCCAGUUGGCAGACACCACGUGUGAAUAUGCAGAUAGAGGGAAAUACAGUUGGUGACAAGGUUGUUGAGGGAAAGACGAAAAUUGUGUAUCGUCUAGCUGACAAUCCAGACAAGGUUUUACUGCAUUCUAAGGACCGUAUAACAGCAGGAGAUGGGGAGAGAGCCCAUGAUCUGAAGGGAAAAGCUGAGAUCUCGACAACUACGGCGUCAGCUAUCUUUGAGAUGCUCAAUAAUGCAGGGAUAAAGUCACAUUUCAUCAAGCGAAGUGGACAGACAUGUAUGGUUUGCAACUACUGUGACAUGGUUCCCCUGGAGUUUGUUACCCGCAGGAUUGCAACGGGCUCCUUCCUGAAAAGGAAUCCGGGAGUUAAAGAGGGUUACCGGUUCUGUCCUCCGAAACAGGAGAUCUUCUUUAAGGAUGAUGCCAACCAUGACCCCCAGUGGUCGUAUGAGCAAUGUGUGGAAGCCAAGCUGGAGUUUGGGGGUCGAUUAAUCGGGCGGGAUGAGAUCGAUAUCAUGUGUAAAUCGACCGUGACAGUGUUCGAGGUUCUGGAGAAAGCCUGGGCUUCUCUUGAUUGUUCACUAAUUGACAUGAAGAUCGAGUUUGGUGUCAACCCGAAGACUGGUGAAAUUCUGCUUGCGGACAUCAUUGACAGUGACUCAUGGCGUCUGUGGCCAGCCGGAGACCGUCGCCUGAUGAAGGACAAACAGGUGUAUCGGGAACUGAGGGAAGUCACAUCAGAGGCCCUAGACACUGUUAAACGCAACUUUGAGUGGGUUGCUGACAGGGUUGGGCAAUUGAGCCCCAAACCAUCUGGGCGUGCAGUGGUGUUUAUGGGCUCUCCCACAGACAUGGCCCACUGUGAGAAGAUUAGGGCGGCCUGCAAACUGUAUGGGGUUCCUUGUGAACUACGGGUAUCAUCUGCUCACAAGGGCACAGACGAAACAAAGAACAUCCUAGCCCAGUAUGAAGGUGAAGGUAUCCCUACUGUGUUUAUCGCAGUGGCAGGGAGGAGUAACGGCCUGGGACCGGUGCUGUCGGGGAACGCUGCAUGGCCAGUCAUCAACUGUCCCCCGAUAUCAGCUGACUGGGGUGCUGAGGAUAUCUGGUCCUCCCUCAGGCUGCCGUCAGGUCUGGGCUGCACAACAGUAACCUCCCCUGAUGGAGCGGCCCUCGCCGCAGCCCAGAUUCUUUGCCUCAACGACCAUAUGAUCUGGGCAAAACUGCGCACCAAACAGCUCAACACUUGGGUAGGUCUGAAAGAGGCAGACAUUAAGGCCAGGAAGACGAAUUUCAUGAUUGAGAAAUCCGAGGUCUUUCAAAAUGGACAUUAGAUGACGAGUUCAUUGGGAAAUUAUUAUUACUGUUAUGAGAUUUUUGGCAGAUUUGGUGCAUUAAUGAAUCUGAUAUUAAAUAGACACUAUUGUUGUAUAUUGUUUUGCAAAUCAAAAACAUUAGUCAGGUUUAGUGAGAUCUGAAUCUGAUACUGAAUUAUAAAAUGAAUAGACUUAUAUCUUGUAGUUUAGCAAACCAGAGAUGAAUAUAUUUAACAAUCAAACAUUGAACAAAAUUGUUUCUUUAAUAGCAUUUGUACCAGUGUAUUUUUGAAUCUGAUAACAAAUUGACAUUACUGUGAAAUGUAAAGAUUAUCAGAUGGUAACCUUUGUAAAUCAUAAAUACUAGUAGUAGUCACCAUUCAUUCAGUUAUAAUGUUCAUGGUUGUUAAGAUUCAUAGUUUGACAUUUUUCAACAGCCAGUUUCGUAUUUGUUUGAUUUAUUUCAUUAGUUAAUGUCAUUAUGUAAGACAGUUAGCUCAUUAUGAACCAGCAUGAUCUCAAAGUGGUGCCAUUUUUAUGAAAUAUAAGUUGUUUUUGUUUAUUUCUAGUUGCGAUUGAAUGAACCGUUUUCAAGAGGAAUGUUUUGAUACCAAAUAAACAGUAUUUUUCUA